AUGGCGAGCCUGACUGAUGUGUUGCAGUUCGACGUCGACGAUUUCUUCAAGAGCCUGCGCUGUUGGGGGAACAGCCCUGGCUACAGCAGCAACGGGACCGGCGAGGACUCGUGCCAGCUGCCGCCGCCGCCGCUGUCACCUCUCCGUGAGGACAGUGAUGACUCCUCCCAGCUGCCACCGCCGCCGCUGUCUCCCCUCCGUGAGGACACUGAGGACUCCUGCCAGCUGCCACCGCCGCCGCUGUCACCUCUGUCUGACGCUGGUGACGGGGAAGAAGAUGCUGUUGGCACGACGUCAUCUCCGUCAUCUUCUGAGUCUGACUCCGACUCUGACAGCAGCAGCAGCGGAUCAUCCUCUGCAUCCUCCUCGGGAUCUGACAGUAGCAGUGACAGUGACAGCAGCAGUGACUGUGACAGCGACCGUGACAGCGACAGCAGCGGCUGGUCGUGGUCGACGUCCUCUGAAGAGGAGCAGCCCGAGCCCUGGGAGACGGACGGCGACGAGGCGGCAGAGGCCUACGAGAGGGCCCGACGCUGGAUGCUCUACGUCUACAACAAGAAACUCGAGCAGAGGGUCAGGAGGAAGAGGAGACGCUUCGCCCGGUGGCUGCGGAGAGACAUCAACCAGCGCUUCGCCGACUCCAAGGUCAGGUACACCCUGCUGGACGAGGUGCUGCUCAGGGAGACGUACCGCCACUCCUACAGACGCGAGUGA